AUGGCCACCGCUGCCCAGGAAGAAUUCGACGAUCUGGUCGCCAAGAACACUGCCCGCGAGACGCUCCAUCCCGAGGACCGUCGCGACGACGACGACGACGACGACGACGACCAAGACGAAGAGACGGCAUACCGCAACGCGCAAAUCGACGCCGCCAUGCGCAUACCCACCGCCGGCCCGGAGCUCAAGCUCCCGCCCGCGUCCUUUGACAGCGGCCGCGCCACGGGCGUCAAGGGCGUCAUCGCAGAUGCCCGCUCCUUCCAGACGGCCCGCCGGUCAAAGUGGGUGGACCGCGCCAAGUCGGCCCGCAGGAGCAUCUUGGGCCUCGCCGGCGUGACCGGCAACAACGCCGGCGGCUCCAGGAGCGAAAGUGAGACGGACGAGGACGCCCGGAGCGGCGACCACUCGGAUGAGGAGUCGUUUCUGCGGGAGUGGCGCGAGACGCGGAGGCGGGAGCUCGAGCGCGAGUCCAGCCGCGAGGUCCGCAACAGGAGGACGAGCCCGAGUGUGCGGCUGUACGGCCGGUUAGACGAGGUCGAUGCCAUGGGGUACCUGGACGCCAUUGAAAAGGUCCGGCGCGAGACCAAGGUUGUCGUCUUCGUCUACGACAACGAGUGCGACGUAUCGGCCACUAUCGAGUCAGCCAUGCUGCCCCUCGUCAAGGAGAACCCAGAAGUCCACUUCGUAAAGGUCCACUACGACGACAUCGAGUUCGACCCUGCCGCGGUGCCGUCGCUCUUGGCCUACCGCAACCAGGGCGAUUUGUUUGCCAACCUGACGGGGAUCAUCGAGAUGAUGCCCGACGACGACUCGUUUGACAGCGGCUCGCUCAAGCACAUUCUUCAGGCACACGACGUGCUAUAG